AGCAACUUUUACAGAGCCGAAGGGAAGAAGAAGAAGAAGAUGGUGUCUGGGUCAGGGAUAUGCGCGAAGCGCGUGGUCGUAGACGGGAGACACCACAUGCUUGGUCGUCUGGCUUCCACAACUGCAAAGGAGCUGCUCAACGGACAGAAAGUGGUGGUUGUCCGAUGUGAAGAGAUUUGUCUCUCGGGAGGUUUGGUUCGACAAAAGAUGAAGUACAUGAGAUUCCUUAGGAAACGUAUGAACACUAAGCCUUCUCAUGGUCCUAUUCACUUUCGUGCUCCUUCCAAGAUCUUCUGGCGCACUGUUCGCGGUAUGAUUCCACACAAGACCAAGCGUGGUGCUGCUGCACUUGCUCGCUUGAAGGUUUUCGAGGGAAUCCCACCUCCAUAUGACAAGAUUAAGAGAAUGGUUAUUCCUGAUGCUCUUAAGGUUUUGAGACUUCAGAGUGGCCACAAGUACUGCUUAUUGGGACGUCUAUCGUCUGAGGUUGGCUGGAACCAUUACGAUACCAUUAAGGAACUUGAGACAAAGAGAAAGGAAAAAUCACAAGUGGUGUAUGAGCGUAAGAAGCAACUCAACAAGCUCAGGGCCAAGGCAGAAAAGGUUGCGGAAGAGAAGCUCGGAUCACAGCUCGAUGUUCUUGCCCCGGUUAAGUAUUAAGAAAAUCGACGUCUAUCACCUCAAAGUCUUAAACCCAUUUCGUUGAAGCUAGUCUUGAUUUUGAUUUUGCAUCUGAAAUUUGAUUUUGUUAGUGUCAGAAAGAAUUCUCUCUUUUCCAUUUUCAUUACUCUAUUGCUCUGCAGCUUCUGCUGUAUACAAUUUAUGUUGGUUCUUAUUUCAAUCAAAACAAUUUUAUUUCA